CUGUCAAAAUUAUUUGUGAAGUCAAGUCAAUUACGUGAGUGAAAAUGGCUGAUUCUGCUGCAGCCCGUCGUGAAGCUCGAAGAAAGAGGAUUUUAGACAAUUCUAGCAAUAGACUGCAACUUAUAGCUGGUAAAGCGAGUACAGAAAGCUCCAAAUCAUCACCUAUUAGAUGUCACAAUCCAGAGCAGCCACUAGAAGUACCUCUCGUAGCCAUAGCCUCAGAGAACAGUAGCAUCUCUAAAGCUUCUUUGAACAAUGGCGUGUUGGUUAACGAAAGCGAGCCGUUGGAGUUGUUGUCAAAUUUGACUCUGAGCCACAGGCAAGACACGGUCGCGGCUGGAGACACAGAAAUAGUCAGCGAUGUCACAUCCUUCUCGGGUCUCUCGGCCCCAUCUACAACCUCUGUUCAAAAUCAAACAAUUUGGGAAAAGAUAACUGUUUACAAAUAUGACUUAGUGCUACUUUCAUUGUUGGUUCAAGUCCUUUACAGUUUCUCAUUAAUGCCCAUCGAUAACAACUACAUAUUCCUCCCAUUUGCAAUGUAUGCCAUAACAAAGCAGAUAUAUUUCCCAGUACAAAGUAGUUCCAAAUUAGCUAAUGUGUUGUUAUUACUAAAUGGUUUGUCAGGGCAGGCAAAUGCAAUACAGAAAGCGCUAAACAUCUCGCAAUGGAUUGGGGCCAUUUUCCAAGACAUAUUUAUCUACCUUUUCACGACUAUUUGUGUACAGUCAUUGUAUGUGUUAUUAAAGGACUGCUUUAUUACAUAGUGACUGCUUCUCACCCUGUCGGUGAGGUAUCUGUUGACUGAGCACUUUCUUACAGUAGCAGGCUAGUUGUGGUGGGAAUGUUUCAUAGUUUGAUUGCUUGUGCCUUUUAUGUAAGUGAGAUGUGACAAGUGUGCGUUUUAGUCACAUAUUGCCAUUUUAGUUGUUAAAUUAGAUACCAGUUUGUACAUAGCAGCAGAAUUUUUGAUUUUAGUAAAGUCUUGCUCAAUAACUCCAUGCAAAUGUGAAUUUGAUAUAUUGAAUUGUAUAUAUAUUUGUUACCAAUUUUUAGAUGUUUAGUUGCACAAAGGCAUUAUUAAGAUAACAUAUUAAUUGCAAUAUAAUGUGCCUGUAUAUGAAACAGAAUUACUGCUUAAUUUAUAAGUACCUGUUUGUGCCUCACUAUUGGGCAAACACCAAGUUAUUAUUAAAUGUGAAAUGUCUUUUUGCAACUUAAUCAUUAUUAUAACUUUCUUAGCAUCAAUCAUUAGCAAAUGACACAUUUUCAGGUAAAAUGAUUGUAAAUAUUAAUAGUGCUCAGCUAUUUUUUUUAUAAUUGACUGAUACUAUCUUUUGCUUUUACUCAAUUUAGCAUUUAAUUUAUUUUAUUUAUUUUUUCUAAUUCAUAAAUCAAAAAUUAAUGAUGUGUACCUUCAAAAAUUAAUGAUGUAUAAGUGUGUGUGAUGUUAAUUGAAACGAAUAUUUACCUAUAAUAGUAUGCCAAAUUAGGAUUGUUAAACUAUUUUCAUGCUUGUGUAAGUAAAGAAUGUAAGUAAGUACAAUAUUUUGAUAUAAAUUACAAAGUUGUAUUUUUCAAUAAUUUUAUAUUAAUGGCCUAUUGUAAACACUUUAAAUCUCUAUGUGCUUUCACAUUGUCUUAAUUUUCUUUUAGCUUGGGAUUUCACUAUGUAAAUUAAGUUGUGGUUCCAGAAGUAAUUCAAAACUUAAUAUUUUACAUAGUUACAAUAUUAUAGCAAUUAGUAUGUAAUAAUUGAAUAUUUAAUAAUAAACAAGUAAAUUAUACAACAAAUAAUAACAACCCAUAUUUUUUAAAGAGUUUACUAAGGCAACAUACACAAAUCGUAGAAUGAAAUUUACAAAUAAUAUUCAGCAAUAUAUAUUUUACAUAUUUGGUAGAGAUAAUGAUUAAAUGGAAAUUUGAAGCUAUAAUGUCAACCAUCAUCAUAAAAAGCAUCAAUCUUCACCUUCAUCUUAGUCUUUUCAAAUAGAUAUCUAAUUCUCUGUUUUAGGUCUUUAUUUAUAUUAUUAUUAAUAUGUAAUAGCUUGGUUUCUGGCGCAGUAAGAAUAAUCCUACUGGAAACGGAUCUGUCAUCGUCUGACCUCAGGUCUGGCACUAGUUGCAACACUGUUUGAAUGCGGAAAGUGCUGCGGCCGAUGCUACUGUUCCAUGACUAGUCUAACGAAUAAUUAAUAGUCACCAAGUAAUCUACAUUUCGCUGAAUGAGCAUUUCUCAAAGGGGGCAGUACUGAAAUUGUUGCCGGGUCAGGACGGACAUUAGAAUCACUUGUAUCGACGAUUUAUUGGAAUUUGAGCUUUGAAAUUAGUAAUACUAACGCUAUAGACCAUAAUUAUUUGGUUGUGAUUACUUAUUUAACAUGUUUUUAAUAGUAUAAUUACAUUCUACCAGGGCCAAAAUGGGCGAAAGAAAACUAUUUAGAUUUUGCACUAAUCUUUUAAUUUUCAUUUGUUUAUCACAAUUUGCAAUAUCAUUGUAAGUAAAUUAAUAUUAUAAUUAUUAU